AGCCGUGGCACGUACAUGUGUUGAGGGGGACCGGGGUGGAAUGUUCAUGCGCGGGUAUGGGAAAGUCCAAGCCGAAUGAAUAUGUUAUCAUCGAACCCACAAUAGAAUGGAUUGGACCCUCUCCAGCUGACUGCUCAAAUGCUGAUUAUUUUGAAUAUGGUAUCAGGGAGGCAAUGAGAUCCCUGUUUGGGGAGUUUGGGGCAUCUGUUCCACUAGAGGUGGUCUCGUACGAGCCGGCCCGCUGCCGGGGCAAGCUCCGCGUGCCCGCCGACGCGGCUGACCGCGUCACCGCUGCGCUCACGCUCUGCUCCCAGCUGCUAGGCACUCCUUGCGUGGUGCACGUACACGGCCAGCCAGCGGUCGAGGCCGCGCCCAAGCGCUACUUCUGUGCGUGACGUACAUAGCUCCAGCAGCGAGUGGCAGUCGGCGGGCGGACGCCAGAGGUUCAGCAGGCGGACGCCAGAGGCUCAGCAGGCGGACCCAGGAGGCACGGCAGGCGGACGCCAGAAGCUCGGCAGGUGGACGCCAGAGACUGAGCAGGUGGACGCCAGAACUUCAACAGGCGGACCCUGGAGGCACGGCAGGCGGAGGCGGGCGGACGGACGCUGAGCGGCUUUGGCCCCGCGGCCGCCGCUGCCCACCGCGAGUGGAAGUGUCAGUGGUGCGUGGCGCACC